AUGGUUUCAUCCUCAGACACAGGAGUAUCGAACACCUUGGAUCCUAUGGCAGUCGUGUCAGAUGACGAGAUUCCGUCAGAGCGAGAGGUCUACACAUCAGACACCACCAGCACUGUUGACGGCGAUUUUCAGCCCUUCGCGCUGCCAGAUGUCAGAGUUGAGCCUGCUGAUGGCAUUCCUGCGGGGGAUUUACCUCUUGCGGUGAUCCCUGCUCCUAUACCGCUUGCUGCUUUUCCAGUAGUAGAUAUGCCCCUCGAUGUCGCAACUGACGACGACAUUGAUCUAUUCGAGGAGGAUCCGCCUGAGGCUGACCAUGAGGGCGGGGCCCCUAUUGUUGCUGACGUUAUUCUUCCCAUUGCUGAGGCCCCUGUAGAGGAGCUUCCUGUUGGUUCACCUGUCCCAGAUUCAUUUGAGUCUGUGGCGUCUGCGUCUCUGCACGACCAGGGAGUGCAGCAUCACUCAUCUGACGCCGACCCCGACAUGGCGUUAUCAGCUGCACCUGCUCCCGCACACGAGUUCGAUUUUGACCACGAGGUCGAUGAUGAUUUGGAUCCAGUCUUUCCCCCUGACUUCGAUCCUGACCAAGAGAUCGAGUUCAUUCACUUGGACCAGCCCCUAGAGGCGCCCGUAGCUCCUAUUGAUCCUUUGUUUGACAUUCCUGCUGAUUUUGACAUGGAUCUUGUUGAUCCUGAGCCGGUCAUGGCCCCUGAGCCUAUUGUUGCUCCUGAUCCUACACUAGAGCAUGACCCUGUUCAUGAUGAUGCACCAGCUUUUGUACCACCCAUUACUGACCCACCAGUUGUUGCUCCACCGUUGGUGGAUGACCCUGUUGUUGAUGCGUCGUUACCUGAUCACGUGCCGGUAUUGUUUGACCGUGCACCUUUUACUGCUCAUAUAGAUCCACGAUAUGCCGACACCCACAACGGGUGGAUCGAUGAUGAUGACGAUUACCCACCGUAUGUGCUGCUUGUCACUCCCCCAGUAGCACCUGACAUACCGCCGCCUCGUCCUGGAGAGGGGUCAUCGAGGCAGCCGCCUGUUUCUGCUCCACCCAUGUUUUCAUCACCUUUUCCAUUCAUAUCUCAGUUCCCUCAUGUUGCACCACCUACUGCACCAUCUUUCAUGCCAUCAAGCGAGCCAUUUCUAUGGACUACACCCCUUAUCAUGCCAUUGUCUGAUCCGUACCACCCGUACCAUGUUGGGUACUCUACGGAGGACAUACUUACAUCCUUGAUGAUACAGCAGGAUGCAUUGACACGUCAUAUUCAGGAGUUGGAGAGAGCUCCAUGA